AUGUUGGACGCCGAAACAGAGCCUGGUCUCUGGCCCAUGGCGUUGCUACCACGAACAAACUCUUUCGACUUCGAAACUGAGCCUCUAACCUCACCCACAAGAGCGUAUAAUUACGGGGAUGAUGCCGAUGUCCAUUAUGAUACAAUCUCCGACACGCCGGCUUACACUUACGCCACUGUGGCCGAGGACGAGGAUGGGCCGGAACACGUCGAAUAUCGCGAGCCUGUAAUGAUCAGUCCCCCACCAGAUCAGAAAGCGGAGAUCGAUAGACUGCGGGCGGAUUUGAUCGACAGAGUCUCUGAUAAUGAGGAGCAGCUUCCCUGGAAAGGCCCCGAAUGGCAAGAGGAACAUUGCAAACGAGGAAGCAGGGCCUUUGCCGCCUACCAACAAGCGAUGGCUAAUCUUCUCGAGAUCGAGAGGAAUUUCUUCUUGGGGUCAACAACCCAUGAGCCAGAUAAAUCGGCUCGGAGCAUGAACUUCUUUCAGCACCUGGAGCCCCAAUACGGCCCGAAGCAGCUCCUCCACGCCGCAGUCGAUGGCGAUUUGGAGAUGAGAAAAACAGGGGUAACAGAUGAUGGGACCUCCUCUCUCACGGCCUACGUAUGCAGCCUGAUGUCGGAGCAGCUCGCAGCUAGAAAGAUCGCAGAAUGCAAUGAUGACAACGAGAACAUCUUGCACCUGGCCAUCCGACAUGACCUAGCGGGUGUCGAAGAUCUCAUCCGACGAGCUGACAAACGUGCCCUCGGCCAGCAACGCAAAUUAAGGACGCACGCAGGAGGAGGCGAUCCGAGUAUAGGUGAUGGUAACAUGCCUCUCCACGAUGCCCUCAACUUCCAGAAACUGUUCCUCCUUCCAGGGCCGGUUUGUAAAGGGACCUUGACCGUACCUUCUCUCUCCACGAGCAGGAGUGAUGGUCCGCUGGCCAACAACGUGAAAGGGCCAAAUUCGACUCAUGCAAGACAACCCGGGGUCAUGCUCGCCUCAUCAGGUUCCACCUCUACGUCCCAUGUCAUGAAUCAAAGAAAAGCACGCGAGCACCCAGUCCCCUACACAAGUCUUGGACCCCGCAGCAUGUUGUCAGGGCCGGCUACGGUGCAGCGGGGCAGGGUUUUGGCAUUCACGGGCUGCCGAACCUGCCUCUCCGCGGCGCAGAAGCGCGAUGCCACACUGGAAAAACGACAAAUUGUCAUCAAGUUUCUCCUUGACGGUGACAAAGACGUCUUAUCCAAACACAAUACAUCUGGCCUCUCGCCCUACCUGAGCUUCUUUGCGGAGUGGAAACGGUUCAACGAUGCCAAUCUAUUAAAGGAAGAAGAGAAGAAGGAGAGGCAGGAACCCGCAUUAGAGCGUGCAGAACCUGGUCCGGAAACCCACAGAGAUGACAUCCCCGAGCCCACUGACUCCGGAGGUCGCCAAGUGAAGAUUUCUAAAAACAGAGCCCAUUUGGAAAAUGAACUUGAGCCUUCAGAUAUCGGGGCGCACAAAGUUCUCUCGUAUCUCAAGGAGCUGUCCUUCACCCUUGGUGACCAACAGCGAGCACUGGCUUGUCUUUUUCGUGACCAAAACGCCAAGGGUUCUUCUCCAAUCCCUGGGGAACAGGGCCGUCGGCGAACCCUCACUCUCGACGGGGCACAACGCGUGACAUGCACUACUUCCGAAGAUUUCGAUUUCCUUCUAUUUGAGCCACUGAUGGCAUCUGUCGUACUAAGCCUUGACUAUACUGCCGAUCAGCUCGAAGCUCUUCCCACCGACGAAGAAGAAAGACGUGAGAUCUGGGGAGGUAACGAAGAAGGACUCAAGAUGGUGUUUUCGUGGCUCAAGCGCAAAGCAGUGAAGAGCAUCGUUAGCCUCACUGUCAAGGAAAAUCCACGCCACUAUUGCUCUGACCAUACCGUCAAGGAAUGCCUUGAGGGCCUUGAGAGCAGCGAGCCCGUGGAUCAGCUGAAGGCGAAGGUUCAGGCCUUCAAAGAGAGACUAAAGACACGUAGCGAAUCCCUCAAACGACAAAUCGAGGUGGUUGAAAAACUCGACGAUCGACGGACGAAGGGCCGCCAAGACGAGGGUGACGUAGCCUCCCAGGAGAGCCAAUUGAACCCUUGGCUCCAAAUUACGGAGAGGUUCUCAACCAGAUUUUACACCAAGUUUAGGAACGUUCUCCCUCGCGGGAUCGCAAGGGUCGCCCUUUUGGACGAUGGUGUUGACCCGGCAUACGACAGAAACAGAAGCCUCGGCCUAAACCUCCAUCACACAGGUUGGCCAACAGAGGAUCAGAGCGCUGAGAAUUUUUACUCUUCGACCAACCAACAUGGCAGCAAAAUGGCGCUGCUCAUCCGCAAGGUUUGCCCGUUCGUCACGAUACACAUUGCCAAGCCGGACGCCCAACUACCGGGAAGCAAGGUCCGGCACCGCACGUUCAGCCUCGAGCAUGCCAUCAAGGCUAUCCACUGGGCUAGAUCACAAAAGGUGGAUAUCAUCUGCAUGAGCUGGAACCUCCGCGAAGUUAGUGGCAAGUACGGCAACCUCCCGGGCAUCCGAAAUUUGGAGGCCGCCCUCACCGCAGCAGCCAACGACAACAUCGUGAUGUUUGGAGCGGCCUGCGAUGAGAAGCGGAGCGCGUCCUCCGACAAGUGGUUUCCCUGCGACCACCCUUCCGUGUUCAGCAUCGGAGCUACUGACCGCGACUUUGACCCCAAGAAAUACGUCGACAUGAACAAGAAAGUGGACUUCCUCUUCCCCGGCGAGGAUAUUCUUGAGGAUGUCGGCAACUCCGGUGCUACGGCCCUGGCGUCGGGACUCGCUGCUCUCACGCUGGCCUGCGUCUCGACCGGGUGUCCGGAUCGCCUCGUGCCGCGGGAGAAUCGGUACAUGUGGAUGGCCAACACCAUGAAGAAGAUCUUCCAGAGCUAUGUCAAUCAGAGGAAGGUUCGCGUGGAGGAGGUGCUUAAGUUUGAGGACAAUGACCCCGCUUACCUGACCACGCUCAGGGAAAAGAUUGUGGCGGACAACAGAGGUUUGCUGAACUUGGUUCCAGUUGGGGCUAUAAAUGCCCGGUUUUAA